AUGUCUUCCCAAAAUGUCCCGGCCAUCCCUCCUCGACCGGCUCGAUCCCCUCAGCCGGAAUCAUCUCUAGAUCUGCCUAAGAUCCCCCCACGCCCGACGAACCGUCGCUUGGAUCGAUCCCCGUCCCCAAUGCGAGACAGCUAUGCUCCCUCUCCAUUCAAUGAAUGGAGUGGUCCAUCUCUCAACCGGACUACCUCGAACGACCUACCUCCACGGCCGCCGAGCGUCACAAUACCCUCCCUAGGCGAGGAAGGAAUUGAAUAUGCUGAUCUCAACACGACUCCGGCAGAGACUCGCAACGUGGGCCCUGAACUGAAGAUUCAUGCUCCAAGACCCUCCUUACCUAUCUCAAGUGCCAAAGCAAAGGUGGAAGCGGUAACCCGCACAGAUUCCCGGCAAGCUGCGGCGGCGGGCGUAGGCCGUGCAAGCUCCCAAACACGCGAAGAUCCGGAUCGUAACAGUCGCUCGUUAUAUCCCCAGACAAGUGGCUCGCGGGCCGAGUCCGAUGCGUCAUCCACUCGUCGUUUCUCUGCACAACUCGGAGAGGAAAAUGGCAUCAGGGUUCCUAUGUACCCUAACGCGGGUGAUGUACAGGCACCAUCUCCGAGCCCGUAUUUGGAAGCAGGCAACCAGCGCCAGGGUCGUAAUCAUCACCGUUCUCGUAGUGCUCGGGAUGCAUCUCUACCUCCAGGUAGUUACGGCCUGCACGGACAUGGAGUGCCUAACGAUAAGUUUGAUAAAGCUUGGUACGAAAAGCACCCAGAUGAGUUCGUCAAGGAAGAGGGCCAGUAUGGCCCUGGUGUGGGUACGCCCCGCCCUGACUGGGCGCUGAGUAGCGAGGAUCUGAACAAGAUCGUGCGAAGCUCAGCCUCAUCUGGAUCUGGAAUUGGCACCUCACCUGCUAUGAUUGGAACACCUGAAGAGGAAGUUGGUUUCCUGGCCUCUGAUGAAUACAUGCAACGCAUAGCGUCUCCUCCACCCGACUCCCGGAAUAACAACCAGCCAUCCGUUGAAUCUCCCCUUCGGAAAAUGAGUUUCCCUGCCUCGGAUAAGGAGAAUUCCCGUUCCUCGCUGCGUCAUAACCGAUCUGGCUCUCAAAUGGAUAACGAUGUGAUUCAUGUUGAUGAUCUCAAGCACCCUUUGCACCACCCAGAUGGGUUUGCCCCCACCCCAUCUGAAGAGAAGUCAAAUAUACUUGAAGAAAGUUAUGAAGACGAUCAGACGCCCAUUCUGGCCGCCGAUGAAGUGCGCCCCGAAUCGGCAUAUCAGCAUCCUGUAAUUUCACCUACCCGAGGAAACUUUGAGGAUGGAGAAUACCAUAGCCGGACACCCGGCAGCUCGCAUAGCCGCUCUAACAGCAGAUCCGGUGGGCAAAGUGUCCCCGUGCUGAAUCGGUUUGACUCACACGACGAAUCACAUACUCCUCUCGAGGAUGUUGUGGAAUACGAGCCACUAUUUCCCGAUGAAGAGUCAACGAAGGAGCAAUCUAUUUCAGCGUCAGAACGCUUCAAGAAACGCCCAGACAUGUCCAAGCACCGAUUCCCUAGCGAGGAUAUUUGGGAAGAUGCUCCUAACAGUGCGCAGCUUCACGCUACUGUGAACACUCCUGAUAUUCCCAAGCGUGACUCUGCUUCCGUGUUCGAAACUCCCGAACAGGAGGCUGCACGGAUAGUGCAAGCACCUGCGAUUGAUCAGCAUCAUGUCGCUAGCCAUAUUCUUGCCGGAGAGAGCAACAAGGGAUUUAAGCGUCCGGAUUACCUGAAGCAGCGAUUCCCUAGUCGUGAUAUCUGGGAAGAUGUUCCUGAUAGUCAACAAUUAGUGACCACCGUUGGACCUGCCGCAGACGAGAUAAAGAGCCCCGAAGUUCCCUCCAAACCGACCAUUCCAUUUAUUCCACCCCGCCCGCAGAAGCAAACCCAGGCAACGUCACCGACAGAGAAGCGUGCACCUCCGUUGAUUCCUGGCCGACCUAAGCCUCAGAUCCCUUCUCGACCAGUCAAGUCUAGCCCGCAGAGCUCAACAGAUAAUGCUGGCUCAACCAACAAGGAGGUCUCGACAGAUGAUUCCGCUGCACAUAAAACGAAGCCCAUUGUACCAGCUCGUCCGGGUGGCAGCAAAAUCGCAGCGCUCAAGGCCGGUUUUCUUACUGACCUCAACUCGCGUCUCCAGCUAGGCCCUCAGCAGCAGAAGCCCAAGGAAAAGGAGCCAGAGGAGCCAGAAGAGAAACAGCCGCUUAGCGAUGCUCGCAAGGGCCGAGCUCGUGGUCCGACCCGCCGAAAACCUGCCACAGAAAAUGCAAACGUCACUCUCCCAUCCAUUCCGGAGGUCAAAAUCGCAGAGACCUGGGAUGUUUGGCAAAUCGGUUACGGUAACCUUGUUGUCGGCAGCGACAAGCACGUUAAACCUUCUGUCGCAGAGACCUCCAGGGCUCCUGAGAUUGCCAAGAAUAUAGCCGGCGAGCCCGUCGACCCAGUUCCCACAUCUGCUGCUGCACCUGAAGCCGUUCCUGCAGCCACAGAAGUCGAUGAAAUUCCGAACCCAGCCUCGAUCAAGGCUCCAGAACCAGAAGUUACCGCUCCUACUGUUGAGAUUCCUUCCACAGAGGAGGAAGAGGAGACCGAGAAACCCUCAUCUGAGGCACUUUCCACCGAAGCUACGCCAACAGGAAGCUCUUCUACUAAGUUUGAAGACGCUCUUGAAGAUCUCUCCGCUGCAGCUCACGAGAAGAAGCUGUCGGAAGAAAACACAGAGUCCUCUUAG